AUGGAGAUAUCAAAAAACAACAAUUUUCCAUUAGAAUUGAAAGACGUUGAACCAGAAACGGCGAAAUUAUUAAUGAAAUAUUUCACUGGUGAGCACACUGGCUUCGUCCGCGUUGGUCCCAAGGGCUACUUCCUCCCUCACAAGUACAAGCUAGAGGCUUCCAACAUUUACAACAUGGAGGUCAGACCCAGUGACAUCUUCGUUGACAGCUAUCCACGAUCAGGCACGACGUGGACUCAAGAACUAGUUUGGAUGGUGGCAAACGAUUUAGAUUAUGAAACGUCUUACGCUAUACCCUUGACCGAGAGGUAUCAAUUUCUAGAAUUUUCAGUUUUUUUCCAUCCUGUUAUGAAAAAACGCUUCUAUAUGGAAAAUUGUGACAGCGCGAGGAAAUUAAAACUGCUAGAAUUGGUAUCAAAGCCGGCAACAGAGCAGCUGGCUCUUAUGCCCUCGCCUCGCUUCAUCAAGACUCAUCUGCCUCUCUCUCUUCUGCCACCAACACUGUUGGACACAGCUAAGGUCGUUUAUGUGGCACGGGAUCCUAGAGAUGUAGCGGUUUCAUUUUACCAUCUCAAUAGGUCUAUGAGAACGCAAGGAUACGUUGAUGACUUCAAAAACUACUGGAAUUUCUUCAUUAAUGACUUACACCAUUGGACGCCAUAUUUUGAGCACCUGAAAGAAUCGUGGGAGAAGAGACAUCACCCGAACAUGUUAUUCCUGUUUUACGAAGAACUCUCCAAGGACCUGCCGACAGCAAUACGUCGAGUCGCGGACUUCCUGGGCAAGACCUACACCACAGAGCAAAUUGACAAACUAUGCGACCAUCUCAACAUCGAUAACUUUAAGAAUAAUAAAUCGGUCAACUAUGACUUGAUGCGAGAACUGGGAAUUCUAAUAUCAAAUGAACAGUCUUUUAUUAGAAAAGGUAAAGCCGGUGGCUGGCGAGAUUAUUUCGAUGAAGAAAUGACAAUUCAAGCUGACAAAUGGAUGGCAAAAAAUCUACGCGAUACAGACUUGCGUUUUCCGCAUUUACAAGAGUGA